GCAAGCUCACACUGCUCUCGUAGUUUUUGUUUUGUCUUCGCACUCCUUGCCUAUUGGUUCCGUGGAGAACGGCAAUUUCGGGCAUAAACGCUGCUAAUUGGCGCUAUAUAUGCAUAAUUAAUGCAAUAAAAAGCGAAAGGCGAACGUGCUGUGUAAAUAAUAUAAAAAGUGAAUGCUGCAACUAAUUUACAAAAAAUAGCACGCAAAAUCAGCAAUAACAAAAAAGCAGUGCAAGGGCGGCGUAAAGAAAGUGGAAAAGAAAAUUCUGCGUAGCAAACAAACCGGUCGGCGCGCAACAUACAUACAUACAAAUACAAAAGUAAAGCGUCGUCAAUAUCGAAUGCAAAAGACGCAUUUUUACCAAAAAAAAUAAACGUACGCAAACCGUACAAUACAACAUAUAUACAGUGCAUUUCCAAUAUACUAAAAUUUAUUUUACAUACAUAUUUAUGUACAUACAAUAUUUGUGCUGACCAAACGAAAAACGCAAAAGGCGGCCGCCAUAUGCGACUGCGACUGUAACUGCUGCUGCUGCUGCGGGGGUGACAGCACGAGCGGCGUAAAAAAGGUGGUGAGAGCAAAGAGCUUAAACGACGCAACGCAACGCGAGACGAGACAAGACGAGGGCGACGACGUCGCGACGCUCACCUUUCGCGUAUUGUAAAUUGGUUUUGCAAACACAAACUAACCCCCGACCCCGAUCCCGUCUGGCCAACUGCAGCAGCAUCGUGUGUUCCACUUUUGAUAGGCAGCGCCCCUUUGCUAUACACAAGCUGUCCUGAUUUCAGUGCAAGAGAGUGAGAGAGAGUAAGAGAGUUGGAGAGCUAGAUUAGAGGGUCAGACGAGUAACAAUGUAUUAGUGAUCAAUAGCAAUAAAAAUUACUCUCAGUUGUGUUGGCGCGCGCGUGUGUGUGUGCGUAAUAAUUUACAUACAUUUAGUAAUAAAAUGCAACGGAGCUGUAACUGCGACUGCAGCAGGCAGCUCUUCGUGCUGCUUGCGAAUGCGUCGCAAGCAUAGAAAGGUCGGCAGAAGUUGGAUCAGGAUUCAGUCAGGAUUCAAAUGUCGUCGUCGAGCAACGGCGGCAUCAAUAGUGCCACAAAUGGCCGCAGUGGCAGCACUGGCAGUGCCAACAUCAAUCUCAAUCUGAAGGCCAAAACCGUAGGAGGAGGCGGAGGAACUGGAACUGGAACGGGAACGGGAACAACGACAACACACAAGACUUUGCCGGAUCUUAAGACACAAAGGAGCAACAGCAGCGCUGGCAGUGGAAUUGGAAUUGUGGCCAAAACAUUGGUCACUCAUCGACGCGACAGUUCGCAUGUGGAAAAGUCCCAGUUGUUGGAGAAACCCUUGAGCUAUGGUCCGCCACAGCAGAGCAAAUCCUUGGGACUCAGCAAGGAGCCAAAAGAGGGGCAUCUGGUUUACUGUGAGGGUAAAUUGCAGUCGGGUACAUUGCAGUCGCUAAUCAUGCACAUGGUGCCAACGCAUGAAUACUAUCCGGAGCAUGGUUAUCUCUCCGCGUUUCUACUCAGUGCACGCCUCUUUAUACGGCCACAUGAGUUGCUCGCACAGAUCUCAACCAAUUGGGAGCAGCAACAACAACAGGCAGCAUCUGCAGCUGGUUGCGAUGUCGUGGAUGAAGCAGUUGCUCACUUGAAUUCCGCCUCGCCGUUGACCCAGCGCAAGGGAGGAGCAACUGCUGUUGCUGGUCAUGAUUUGGAGUUGGAACCGAAGCCACAGCAACGCACAUUGACACAGCGUUCGGCACAGCAUUGCAUACGUUUGCUAUCCGAAUGGAUUGAAAUCUUUCCCUAUGAUUUUCGGGAUGAACGUCUCAUGAAUCAGGUGCGCAUCCUGGCCAGAAAAUGUGUCUACAUUGACAACUCCCUGGGCAAGCAAGUGUCGCGUAUUCUUCAGUUACUCGUGGCCAGAUUAACAGAACUGGAGCAGUACGAGGAAUUCCUACAGACACUUAAUAACGAAGCCAGCUUGGAGCAGCAAUCGCAACCGAAUCAUCAACAGAAUCAUCAUCAUCAUCAUCAUUUACAUUUGCAUAAUCCAUUUCAAACAUUUCUGGGCAGCUCUCAUACAUCAGCGAGUGGACAUGCCACAAAUGGAGUUGCCACAAGUGGCGGCGGAUCAUCGAGUGGCGGCAGCACUGGCAACUCAACGAGUGGCAGCAACUCGGCGUCCAGCACACCACAACCGGAUGAUGUAUUUGGCAUUAUGGACAUCUGUCCCAGUUGCGAGCAUUUGGCCCAUCAGCUAACGGCCAUCGAAUUGGAGCGUCUAUCGCACAUUGGACCCGAGGAGUUUGUUCAGGCAUUUGCCAAGGAUUAUCAGCAGGCGAAAAAGGCAACAAACGAUGGAGUUGGUGCUGCCACAGUUCCAGCCGGAACAGGAGUGGCAACGGGAGCGGGAACAACAGUUGGCAACUCCUUGAACGAUAUGAAAAAGACACGCAAUUUGGAAUCGUAUGUGCAGUGGUUCAAUCGUCUCAGCUACUUGACGGCCAGCGAAAUUGUUAAGUAUCCCAAGAAGAAGCAGCGUGUGCGCAUUAUUGAAUAUUGGAUUGAAACGGCACGCGAAUGCUUUAACAUUGGCAAUUUCAAUAGUCUGAUGGCCAUAAUAGCUGGUCUAAACCUGGCACCCAUUGGCAGGCUAAAAAAGACGUGGUCUAAAGUGCAAUCGGCAAAAUUUUCUGUGCUGGAACAUCAAAUGGAUCCAACAUCGAAUUUUAAUAGUUAUCGCUCGACGCUUAAAGCUGCCAUGUGGCGCUCCGAGGGUGCCACAGAGGAACGCGAACGCAUAAUCAUUCCAUUUUUUAGUUUAUUUGUUAAGGAUUUAUAUUUUCUGAACGAAGGCUGCUCGAAUCGUUUGCCAAACAAUCAUAUCAACUUUGAGAAAUGCUCACAACUCGCCAAACAAGUGAUGGAGUUCAAUGAAUGGAAGAAGGUCUGCUGUCCAUUUGAUAAAUUGCCGAAUGUUAUUGCCUACCUGCAGCACAAUGGAGUGCUUAAUGAGAACACACUCUCGAUGGCAUCGUUUGAGUGUGAGCCGCCCGAGAAUACCGAGGAGAAGGAUCGCUAUAAAACUGUGAAAGCCGAAUCGAAGCAACAAUUGCUGCAGCAGCUACAGGAGCAGCAACAACACCAUCAAUAGUUGACUCUAGCUAUUUUAGUCUAUAUAUUAAUUUAAGUUACGCCUAAGCGCUUGCCAUGUUUUUAUUUUUUUUUUAACUUAAUUUUACACAGGUCGAUUAUAAACUUUAAGACGGGGUGAAUUUGUUUAGGCUAAUGAUUAAGUUAAGCUAUUCGUUCAGACAAGGCGCAUGCGCUGCUCUUUCAAACUCGCUAAAUAACUUAAAGUUAUUUGCGGCAUCCUAAAAUACUUAAAAUUAUAAAUAAACCCAUUGAAAUGCAUUAUCCCAUACUAAUUCACUAUUUAACACUCAUUUUCAUUACCCGAAACUGCUUUUUUUUGGGCUUAACGGUGGCGCAUGCGCAAUAUUUUUUAUGAAACGCAAAGCAUCUCCAGAAUGUUGCCAGUAAUUAAUUUAAUUUCAUUUAACUUAACAGCUAAGCAAAUGAUGAACAAAACAAAAAAAAGCGAAACGAAACGAAUGUAUGUACUUAAAGCAUUUUAUUGCCGCAAACUUAUAACUAUAUUUAUUUGUACACAAGCUAAUUUCAAUUAGAUGAAAACAGAUACGGGCGGGAAGAACAUUAUUAUUUAUAAAUAAUGUCAUAAUUUAUUUUCAACAAUUUGACAAACUUGCGAGUGUACGCGAUAUAUAUUGUAAGCAAACAGUAUUUAUAUUUAUAUAUUUACACAAUUUUAUAGCUAAAUUAAAUAAUUUUUACUAUUCAAUUCAAUCGA